GCAGCAUUAUGAAAAUCGCACAGCAUUCAUUGCAACUCUUCGCCGAUUUCCGGAAGAGUUCAGUGCUUGGCAGAAAACUCAAUGACCUUAAUUAGGUCCUUUGCCCACAAUCCAAAACCUUUAAUAUGGGAAUUUAUUAUUUCCUCGUUUUCCCGAUGAAAUCUUCGGAAUCAUCUGUCACCGCUUGCAUCGAAUUGCUUUAUAAUGUUUAGUCAUUUGCCUCUAAGAAAAACCAUAUUGGAAAACUUUCCCGUUGUUUUCCACCAGAGGAAUCUCUUUCAACGGUUCCCCAUAUUUGAACACAGAUUCACUCUUAUGAACCAUUGUGCUCUUUGCUCAGUUUCAGAGGGUAUUAGUCCGUUGCGGAGAUUCAUAAGCCAGAAUUAGGGUUUAUUCAUUUGGGAUAUAAUCUUAGAGGCAGUCCAGGGUUUUGUUAAAUUAACAAAAGGGAUUAGAGAUGGGAAGCGUGGAUCCGGUCGAUGAUCUGACGUUUAAUGUUAUUUUUACCAGCGAUGGAGUGGCGAAGCUGAGGGAGGUAGUGAAGGAGAAGCUGAUGGAGUUUACAGAUUUCAGCGACGACCAUCUCGUGGAAUACGUGAUUGUCUUGGUGAAGAAUGGCAAGCGCAAGGAAGAAGCAAGGAAUGAGUUGCGUGUGUUUUUGGAUGAUGACACUGAUUCUUUUACAUCUUGGCUGUGGGAUCAUCUAGCUUCAAAUUUAGAUCUGUAUGUACAACCUCGGGAGUCUCUUAUGGAUGAGGCUCCCAAAACAAAACCCAUGUUAGGCGACCAAGGUGGAAAAAAUUAUUCUCACCGUUUGAAUUCUGAAUCAGAAAGAGAAAAUUCUACCAAGUUAUCUAGGAGUCGACACAAUAGGGAAUGGAAAGGACUAGUGAGGGAUGCAGUUGAACCCCCACCUCUUCGGAGCUCUGAUAUUGAAAAGUCUCAUAUAGUGGAAAAAUCUUAUUUCAAAUUCGGUCGUCCAAAGAGGUCCCCUUCUCCCCAACCUUCAAUUCAGAGGAAAAGGAGUCGGCCUGAUGAGCAUGAGAAUAGGAAGAGGGAGGCAGUUUCUCAAGCAAGUAUUGAUGCCCCUAGGCGUCUACUUCAAUUUGCAGUUCGAGAUGCAGUGGCAACUUCAAUGCCAUCUAAUUCACAGGAAUCCAAAUUGAAGCGCCUUCAUUCUGUGGUUUCAACGUCCACUGCUCACGCAUCAUUGGCUGGUCAUCAUCAGCGGAUUCAAUCUGUUGCCAGAGUGCCGAAUCCCAUGGCUACCAUGAUUAGAGCUGUUGCCGAAGCUGCAGAAGACGUUAUAAAAGUCAAACCAUCUGGAAGUGUGUUUGAUCGACUUGGUUGUGGUAUGGAUGUACCAGAGAUCUGUGGCCAAGAUGCAGAAUUUAGAGAAGUUGGUGUUGAGGAUGGAGAGUAUGGAGAUAUCAACCAAAUUCAGGGGCAAACACGCUUGAGGUAUCAUCUGAGAGGCAACUACAGUGCUCAGUGUGAUGGAAAUAUGACUAUGUUGGAAAGCGAAUCUGGUUUGGCGUCUGAUUCUACAUCUGACAACGAAGGGUAUGAUGGUGUCAAUGUCGUGGGCCAUGAAAUUAUGGAUGUUUCUCAAAGUGCCACAUCUGGUGGAAACAGGGGUGAGGAGUCGCUGAUGGUGCAGUAUAGUGUGGCAAAAAAUGCCAAUGAUAUCAUUCGACGAAACAAGGAUCAGGGUCAACCUGUGGUGGCACCUAACACUUCUCGUAAAAUAGUGAACAUUUCUGUGAAUGUGAAUACUUGGAAGCCACUUCAUUAUCAGGAGAAUAGAGAGAUUGUGGAACGAAAAUCCCUUCAGGAGAGUGACUUGGGAUCCAGCAAGACUGGUAUGCGACUUAUGAAAGAGAAUGGCAAUCCUGUCGCAGAUGCCAUUGGAAAUGAAAAACCUGCUGCAGAUGCUCAGAAAGAGUCCAAGAAGGAACUGUCCUCUGCUCCUGGUUUAUAUGCUGCUAACCAUCCUUUAGAGGAUGCGGAUUCUCGAACCAUCUUCGUCAGCAAUGUUCAUUUUGCUGCCACCAAGGACAGCCUUUCACGGCAUUUCAAUAAAUUUGGGGAAGUGUUAAAAGUGAUUAUAGUUACAGAUGCAGCAACAGGGCAACCAAAAGGGUCAGCAUAUGUAGAGUUUAUGAGAAAAGAGGCAGUGGUCAAUGCUUUAUCUCUGGAUGGAACCUCGUUCAUGUCAAGGAUUCUCAAGGUUGUGAGGAGUACUGCUCAUCAAGAAGCUGCCCCUAUCAUGAUGUGGCCUCGGGUUGCCCGGGGCUCUCCAUUUGCUGCCGCUAGGUUUGCCAGGGUUCCUUUUCCAAGAGGCAUACCUGGUGCAUUUAGGGCUCGCCUUCCAAUUAAAUCUGGAGCCAGGAGCUUGCAAUGGAAGCGGGAUGCUCAUGCCACUCCAGCUGAAAGUGGGGCUCCAGUCUCUGGGAAUGCUGUUCUGUCAAAUGCUCCUCGCAGUCUAACCUAUGUCAGAACAGAACCUAAGCCAGAUGGGAAUCCCAGUACAACAUAGUCGAUGAAUAUGAUCCUUUUGCAGGACUCUGAAGUGCACGAAAGUGCACGUAGACAAGGCCGGCUAAAAGCCAGCAAAUUCUCUUGUUGUUGGAAUAUGAUUCCACUGUAGAUGGACAUUUGCUGGGUUGUGUCUGAAGAAGAAGAAUAAUUUUUGCGGGUUAAUUUCAUUUUUUUGGCUGGAGAAGAAAAGGGGUGGAGUUAUGGUGGAUCUUAGAUGGGAUGAAGUUAGAGAGGUCUUUCGUUUCUGUUCAUAGCAUUAUAGCAUGGUUGAAAGGAAUAUCUUUGCUUGUUUUACUUUUUCUAAUAUGAUUUUGUGUAGGAAAAAGAGGGGAAAAAUGGGGGGAAAAGAAGUGGAUGAUUAGGUUCGUUUUGUAUAUCAUGCCACAACGUGGUAAUUGCCUUUAUCGCGAGUUAAUGAUAUAUUUCUCCGUUUGCAUGUA